UACUACUUCGCGCAAGCCGCGCCGCCAUCAUACCCCACCCCAGCCGCCCCCUCGGUUGAGCGCCCAACGAACGCGUGCUCGGCAAAAAGCGGACGGAUGCGACCGCCAGCUGCGAUUGCCGUCGACUUUGAGCGCGAGCCCCGGUCAUCGUCCGACUACGAGGAAAUACAAGCACAGGAGCUCCCCCUGCACUACAUGAACGAGGACAAGGCACGCAGGCGGGUGCCCAAGGGGCCCAGCAGCAUCGGCUACCCGAGCACGGACGACAUCGCCGCGCGCGACGCGUACGAUGACGACGAGGGAAAGGAUGUCUACAACAAGGCCCGCCCCAUCCCGCGCCUCAGUAGCGGUCGCAACCGCCCUAUCCACCAGCCGCCCGCGACCUCCAUACGCGAGUUCGUGCAGCAGAACAUCGAGCACCUGCCCCCUGUCGUCUACACUCUCCUCUCCUGCUACACGCGCUACCACAACAUCGGGAAGUCGAAUGUCGUCGUCUGGGACGAGGCCCACUUCGGCAAAUUCGGCUCCCACUACCUCAAGCGCGAGUUCUACUUCGAUGUCCACCCGCCGCUUGGGAAGAUGCUCGUCGGCCUCGCCGGUCUGCUCUCGGGCUACAACGGCGGCUUCGACUUCAAGAGCGGCGCGGAGUACCCAGAUACCGUGCCCUACGUGUCCAUGCGCGUCAUGCUCGCGACAUUCGGCGUGGGCAUGGUCCCGCUGGCCUGGUACACCUGCGUCGAGCUCGGGAUGAGCAUGUGGGCGUGCCAUCUCGUUACCCUCAUGGUCUUGCUCGACGUCGGCUGGCUCACAAUAUCACGGUUCAUAUUGCUCGACUCGAUGCUCCUCUUCUUCACGUUCCUUACCGUCUUCUGCCUGACCAAGUUUCACAAUCAACAACAAUUCUCCUUCUCGUUCGACUGGUGGAUGUGGCUUGCAUUCACCGGAGUAUCAAUCGGCUUGGUGACGAGUGUGAAGAUGGUUGGGCUAUUCGUGACCGCGCUCGUCGGCUUGUACACCAUCGAGGACUUGUGGGAGAAGUUUGGCGAUUUGCGCAUGUCGGUCCGCGAGCAAGCAUGGCAUUGGGGCGCUCGAAUAGCAUGCCUCAUCGUCAUUCCUAUCUUGGUCUUCAUGGCGUCCUUCAAAAUUCACUUCAUGGUCCUCAACCACUCCGGUCCUGGUGAUGCUCAGAUGAGCUCCCUUUUCCAGGCAAAUCUCGUUGGGAACGACUUCGCGAAGAACCCUCUCGAGGUUGCCUUCGGUUCGAAGAUCACUCUCAAAAACUACGGUUACGGAGGCGGACUGCUUCACUCGCAUGUCCAGACCUUCCCUACGGGAUCCAAGCAGCAGCAAGUCACAUGCUACCACUACAAGGACAACAACAACGAGUGGAACGUCAUGCCUACCUGGGAAGAGCCCGAUUACAACCCGAACGACCCCGAGAUCCGCUUCCUUCAGGACGGGGACGUGAUUCGCCUCCAGCACGUCUCUACCGGCCGCAACUUGCACUCGCACACCAUCCCCGCCCCAGUCACCAAACUUAACUACGAAGUCGCCGGCUACGGCAACCAGACCGUCGGCGACCACAACGACUACUGGGUCGUCGAGAUCGUCGACGAUGUCAAGGCCGGCAGCAAGGAUCAGGUUCCGCGCGUGCACUCGCUCACGACGCGUCUGCGCUUCCGGCACAAGGUGCUCAACUGCUACCUGCGCGCCGCGAACGCCGUGCUCCCGCAGUGGGGCUUCAAGCAGAUUGAGGUCUCGUGCGACAAGGAGAACAACCCGAAGGACACGCACACGUACUGGAACGUCGAGGGCCAUUGGAACGACCGGCUCCCGGCUGGCGAUAUGAAGCUCUACCGCUCGCCGUUCCUGCGCGACUUCUGGCACCUGAAUGUGGCGAUGAUGACGAGCAACAACGCGCUGGUGCCAGAUCCGGACAAGGAGGACAUCCUCGCGAGCAAGCCCUUCGACUGGCCGUUCUUGCAUCUUGGCCUUCGCAUGUGCGGCUGGGGCGAUAACCAGACGAAGUACUACCUGCUGGGAACACCGGUGAUCUGGUGGGGAAGCACGCUGAGUCUGAUGGGCGCCGUGCUCGCGUUGGGAGUCUACGUCCUGCGUAAGCAACGACGCUAUGUGGACAUGGACGCGAGGGAGUGGGACCACUUUUUGUACGUCGGCAAGAUUGCGUUCUUCGGCUGGGCACUGCACUAUGUGCCAUUCUUGAUAAUGGGCCGUGUGACAUACUUGCACCACUACUUACCAACGUUAUACUUCGCGGUGCUGAUGCUUGGGCACAUGCUCGACCACUUCAUCUUCUCAUCGCGCCGCUUCUCAGAAAAGACGAAGCUGUAUACAUUCGGUGGCAUUGCGUUCACCAUCUUCGCGUGCUUCUGGUGGUUCAAGGGCGUGUCGUUCGGCAUCGAUGGGCCGAUCAACGAGCACUGGGGGUUGGGGUGGCGAAAGAGCUGGAAUAUCUACAAUCAUUGACGGACUACUCCAUACUGAUGUACAGAGCUGGCCUUGAUUAUUUAAUCUCUUCCCGCAAGGGAUGCACAUACGCAGAUGGGUGAUAUUUGGUAACACAGUGGUAUAGGGUGUUAGUCGUGGCCUUCUGCUAUCACUUCGGCGGUUCCUUCCCCGCGC